GUUAUGACCUAAUUUAAUCUAUGUAUAUUGCUUCCGAUACUGAUUGCACUUGGUAAAAACUGAAAACCUAUAAAAAUUCCAUAUAGUAACAAAAUAUAGAAUGCACCAUUUAGGUUUUAUACCUAGAUCCAUAUCACUAUCAUUAACCUCUCACAACAAUAAAAUCGUGCGGCAUCAUUCUGAAUACGUGUAAAAUAUAGUAUAUUAAAGAGAUCGUGAAACUAUAUAUAAGUACUGCAUAGUUACAAUAUUAUAAAUUUGAAUAUCUGGAGGAUAACAAAAUUACAAAUAGUUCCCCUCUAAAUGGAAUUUAUUCGAUAUAUGAGGCAACUGAAAAAUGCCUUUUCAAUAAGAGGUCUAAACACAUGUUCUCGUCGUUAUUGUGCGUCAAGUCGUAUGAAAGAGAAACAAGUACAUGCCGAUACACCUACGCCAGUUAUAAUUUCUCUGUCUUAGAAGGUGCGAUUAAUUUUACAGAAGAUUUACGAGUUGCAAAAAUUGAUGACAAAAUUGAACCUAUGUACAGUCCGAUUGAGAAAGAAUUUAUACCUUUGAGAGACGAUCAAGUAGAAAAUAAUGCAACCAGAAACGAAAUUUUAAAAAAUGCUGUUCUAUUAGAUGAAGAAUACUUUGUAACACCACUGAAUAAAAAUACAGAUUCAUCAUGAACAUAACAAACAUAUUAAAA